UUGAUGAAAACGUAUUAGUAAUAAACGUAACAUGUAAUGUAAGCAACAGAAGGUGGUCUUUUAUUUUGAAAUAUUUUGACAGUAAGAAAAACGUAGUUCCGGUUCACACUGCAUCAAACUUGACGACGAAGAAAGUGGAAGGCAGCGGUUGAAAUCUAAGAAGCACAAUGGCAGACAGCGAUGAUGAAUAUGAUCGCAGGAGAAGGGACAAGUUCCGCCGUGAGAGGAGUGACUAUGACCGCUCCAGAGAGAGAGAGGACAGGCGGAGAGAUGAGUGGAACGACAGGCGCCCCUCGGCCAGGGAGUGGGAGCGCGGCCGGGAGCGUCGAAGCCGGGGAGAGUACCGGGACUACGAGAGGGGGCGCAGGGAGCGCUUCUCCCCCCCUCGACACGACAUGAGCCCCCAGCAGAAACGCAUGAGGAGAGACUGGGACGACCAUGGAGGGGAGCCUUACCACGGAGGCUAUGACCUGGGCUACGGGGUUAGUGGAGGGCCCAGCUACGCCCCCCCCCAGCCCUGGGGCCCCCCAGAUCUCCACCUGAUGCAGCACCACCACAGCAUCCCCAUCCAGGCCAGGCUGGGCAACAUCCACGACCUGGACCUGUGUCCUCCGCCGCCGCUGAUGAAGACGUUUAAGGAGUUCCUGCUGUCUCUGGAUGACUCUGUUGACGAGGGCGAGGCCGUGAAGAGAUACAAUGAGUACAAGAUGGACUUCAGACGGCAGCAAAUGCAGGACUUCUUCCUCACUCACAAAGAUGAGGAGUGGUUCAGGUCCAAGUACCACCCAGACGAGGCGGGGCGGCGGCGGGCGGAGACCCACAGCGCCCUGCAGAACAGGCUGAACGUGUACAUGUUCCUCAUGGAGAACGGCUGGUUCGACAACGUCUCCCUGGACAUCGAGCGCGGUCCGGCCAUCGUCAAGGUCCUAGACGCAGCGGUGAUCAAGAUGGAGGGAGGGACGGAUCACGACCUGAGGGUCCUGGAGCUUCCCUCGGAGGAGGAGGAGGAGCGAGGCCCUGAGCCGCCCAAGAGGGAGGAGCCCCGGGGUGCGGCCGGGGACAGCAAACCUCCGGAGGAGAAGGAGGACAAGGAGAAGGGCGAGGGCGAGGCCGCCUGUGCCGAGAGGGCAGGAGCGGCCGCAGUAGACGCCCCGGGGGGAGAGGAGAAGAGGGAGGGGAAGGACGGCAUGGUGCAGACACCCGCAGCCAAGAAGCAGGGAAAGAAGAGGAAGAGGAAGCACAGCGGCGACAGCGAGGACGAGGCCAGCGCCUCCGAGAGCGACUCCGACUCUGACUCCAACUCUCGCUCGUCCGACAAACCGGCAGAGAGAGAGGAGGGGGAGGAAAAGGAGGAUGAGGAGGAAGAGGAAGAGGGGGAAACUCGUGGCAAUGAGGGCAAAGAGGAGAAGGGCAAGGGGAGGGAGCCGGGGAGGGAGGUGGAGAAGGAGGACAAGAAGACGAAGGAGGACCAGCCCCCCAGACCCAGGCCUCUCCACAGGACCUGCUCUCUGUUCCUCAGGAGCAUCGCUCCCUCCAUCUCCAAGGCGGAGAUCGUCUCUCUGUGCAGGAGGUAUCCUGGGUUCCUGCGCGUGUGUCUGUCAGACCCACACCCGGAACGCAGGUUCUACAGGCGUUGCUGGGUGACGUUCGAUCGCAGCGUGAACAUCAAGGAGGUCUGCUGGAACCUGCAGAACAUCAGACUGCGGGACUGUGAGCUGGCCCCCGGGGUGAACAGGGACCUGGCUCGCAGGAUCCGCAACGUGAACGGCAUCACGCAGCACAAGCAGGUGCUGCGCAACGACAUCAAGCUGUCGGCCAAGCUGAUCCACGCUCUGGACGAGCGGGGCCAGCUGUGGAGCCACCGCCCCCAGGGAGACUCCCCGGGACUGGAGCUGCCAGGCCAGAACCCCAUCAUGAAGAACAUCACAGACUACCUGAUAGAGGAGGUGAGCGCGGAGGAGGAGGAGCUACUGGGCAGCGUGGGCGGGGCCGACCCAGAGGAGGGCACCAGGGAGGGCAACCCUGCAGAGAUCACCGUGGAGAGAGACGACAACCUGGUCACGGUGCUGGACCGGCUACUGUUCUACCUGCGUGUGGUACAUUCCAUCGACUACUACAACUCGUGCGAGUACCCGAGCGAGGAUGAGAUGCCCAACCGCUGUGGCCUGAUGCACGUACGGGGGCCCAUCCCUCCCAACAGGGUGACCCACGGAGAGGUGUCCCAGUGGCAGAAGACGUUUGAGGAGAAGCUGCUUCCUCUGUUCAGUGUGAAGGAGACUCUGUCUGAGGACGAGGCUGGGAAGAUGGGGCGGAAGGAUCCGGAACAGGAGGUGGAGAAGUUUGUGUUGGCCAACACCCAGGAGCUGGGCAAGGAUAAGUGGCUCUGCCCUCUCAGCGGGAAGAAGUUUAAGGGACCAGAAUUUGUGCGUAAGCACAUCCUGAAUAAACACGGGGACAAGAUUGAGGAGGUGAAGAAGGAGGUGGAGUUCUUUAACAACUUCCUUCUGGAUGCCAAGCGCCCGACCCUCCCUGAGAUCAAGUCCAACAUGCCUCCUGGACCAGGACAAGGGCUGCUCUCCCCUGGCCUGCCCUUCCCUCCCCAGGGACACCAGGGCCUCAUGGGGUUUGGCCAGCCUCGGCCUCCCAUCAUGGGCUACGGAGGUGGACCCCCAUACCCGCCCAACCCCUACGGAGGGGGGGGCGGCCGGGGUAACUAUGACAACUUCCGUGGGCAGGGGGGGGGCUACCAGGGGAAGCCCCGUAACAACAGGUGAGACCAUGGAUGAGCAGAGGAGAUCCUCGCAACAUCAUUGAGUAUCGUGACCUGGAUGCUCCGGAUGAUGUGGAAUUCUUCUAGAGUUUUUAGUCUCUUUUAGUAACUGGUGUUGUAGUUAACCAGCUUAAUCAGCCUGUGAUAUUUAGCCUGUUUUGUCCUCGACUGUGAUUAGUUAAUUAAUUUGUUUGGCUGUAGAUCUAAGGCUAUAGCAAGCAUUGUAUUCUAACAUUUCUUUUAAUAAACAUAACUUGGAAA